CUUCGCUAGCUAUCAUCCUCUCGAUUUUCUAGUUGCCGGUCGCCGGUCUGGCCAUAUUACCAUGGGAUAAUUCAAAUUGUUGUUCUUAUCCUUGCACAACAAAAUGCUGUGGAGUCAUUCCUGUGCACCUUAUUCUAGGGGUGUAAUUCAUUACGCGCAGAGAUUGCGCUCGCCACUUAGUGCCAGGCCGCGGUCUCUCCCGGUACUGGCAAGGUACUAUGCGACCCAGCAAGAUGUGCAAAAUGCCCAGGGAGAAUCGCGAUCGAGAUCUCUGUCAGUUCCCGCGACGGCCAGAUUCAACGAAAUCGGAGUUCAACAACUAAGCGAUCACGUCUUCUCUCAAGUCUUUCCGAGUAAAGGAGCUACCCCGAACCCCGACCUUGUUGCGCUCUCAAAGGACCAUCUUGCACGACAUGAUCUUCUCGGGAAAUCCCAAGAGGCCGCAGAGCCGGUUGCAUUCGACAUGCCGAAGCUCCAGGGCCAGACAUUGGACGAGCACUUUCACAGGCUGGGGAUGGAUGCGUCUGAACCUUAUCUGACCUAUGCAAAAACCUACACUACCGUUAACUCCCCGGAAAUGCCCCGCCAAUGGGUUAAACGCAGCGGAUGGACGAAGUACAAUAGUGACGGGUCUUCGGAACCGGUGGAUGCGCCAAAUGAGUCAAUAUUGUCUUUCGACACGGAGGUGAUGUACAAGGAACAUUCUUUUGCCGUCAUGGCCUGCGCUGUCAGUCCUACGGCUUGGUAUGCCUGGCUGUCGCCUUGGCUUUUGGGCGAAUCAGAGAAUGAGGUGCAACUGAUACCGCUGGGGGACCCGUCGCAGCCACGUAUCGUCAUUGGGCAUAAUAUUGGGUACGAUCGCGCGCGUGUGUUGGAGGAAUACGAUAUGAAACAGACGUGCAACUUCUUCGUCGACACGAUGUCCCUUCAUGUCGCUGUGAAUGGCAUGUGUUCCCAGCAGAGGCCCACCUGGAUGCGACACAAGAAGAACAAGGAUCUCCGAGACAAGAUGGCCAACGAAGCCAACUCAGUGGAACUUGCGGCUCUAGUUGAAAGUAAAUCUCUCAGCGACGAAGAGGAGGAAUUGUGGGUGGGCAGAAGCUCCGUAAACUCCCUCCGCGACGUCGCUAAGUUUCAUUGUGAUGUUACGAUCGACAAGGCGCAGCGCGACUACUUCGGCGAGCUCGGCAGAGAGGAAAUCUUGGGAAAGCUCGAGGAGCUUCUCGAUUACUGUGCCGCCGAUGUAGCCAUCACUCAUCGGGUGUACAAAAAGGUUUUCCCAAACUUCCUCAAGGUCUGCCCGCAUCCCGUUAGCUUUGGUGCUCUUAGACAUUUGUCUUCCGUCAUCUUGCCCGUCAACCAAACUUGGGAGGAAUACCUCAAGAAUGCCGAAUCGACCUACCAUCAGCGUCUGGAAGAUGUGCAACGAAGGCUAGUUGAGCUUUGCGACGAAGCCCUAAAAGUCAAGGACCAACCGGAAUUAUACAUGAAAGAUCCCUGGCUACGACAACUAGAUUGGUCCGGGCAGGAAGUCAAAAUGGUCAAGGGCAAAAAGAAGGGUGAUCCUCCGCGACCGGCUGCAAGGCAAAAGAAGCCCGGCAUGCCAAAAUGGUACAAGGAUCUUUUUCCCACGAACACGGCGGAUAUCAAUCUAACUGUACGAACACGGAUUGCGCCCAUCCUUCUGAAAUUGUCAUACAGCGGGCAUCCCCUGAAUUGGUCGGACAAACACGGUUGGACAUUCAAGGUUCCCCGUGAACAAGUCAAGUCUUUUGAAAACCAGCCAGUCGUGCGCUGUGACAUGGCGGAAGAGAAAAAUCUUGAAUUGAAGAAUGACUGGAAACACGCCUACUUUAAGCUUCCACACAAGGAUGGGCCGCAAGCUCGCUGCGUUAAUCCCCUGGCCAAGGGGUACUCGGGCUAUUUUGAGCGCGGAGUACUCACCUCGCAGUACGCCCUUGCUAAGGAGGCCCUGGACAUGAAUGCUUCGUGCUCCUACUGGAUCAGUGCUCGUGAUCGGAUCAUGAGUCAGAUUGUUGUCUACGAGGAUGAAGUGCAAAAGUCAGCUGCAAAGAAUGAUGGUGGGAACAGAGUGGGUUUUAUAUUACCUCAAAUUAUUCCCAUGGGUACCAUCACCCGACGAGCCGUCGAAAAUACUUGGCUCACAGCAAGCAAUGCAAAAGAGAACCGUGUUGGAUCUGAGCUCAAGGCUAUGAUCAAGGCUCCUCCUGGGCAUGUGUUUGUGGGAGCAGACGUCGACUCUCAGGAACUGUGGAUUGCAAGUCUCAUUGGCGACGCACAAUUCCAAAUCCAUGGUGGCAAUGCGAUUGGUUUCAUGACCCUGGAAGGGUCCAAGGCAGCUGGUACAGACAUGCAUUCACGCACUGCCAAGAUCUUGGGCAUUUCUCGCAACGAUGCGAAGGUCUUUAACUACGGACGUAUAUAUGGUGCCGGUGUCAAGUUCGCCGCCACAUUGCUACGUCAAUUUAACCCGUCAAUGACCGAGAAGGAGACCCAGGAAGUUGCAAGCAAUCUAUACAAAGCGACUAAGGGGACCCGCACUACUCGCCGCCUCCUGAGUGAAAACCCUUUCUGGCGUGGCGGUACUGAAUCAUUUGUAUUCAACAAACUUGAAGAGUUUGCCGAGCAGGAAAGACCCAAGACGCCAGCUUUGGGCGCCGGUAUCACCGAGGCCUUGAUGCGCCGUUUCAUCAACAAGGGCAGUUUCAUGACAUCUCGAAUUAAUUGGGCUAUUCAGUCCUCCGGUGUUGACUAUCUUCACCUUUUGAUCGUGGCUAUGGACUAUCUAAUACGGCUUUACAACAUCCAAGCCCGUCUAGCAAUCACGGUCCAUGAUGAAAUCCGGUAUCUUGUCAAGGAGGAAGACAAAUACCGUGCAGCCUUGGCUCUGCAAAUCGCCAACGUCUGGACGCGCGCCAUGUUUUCCCAGGAAGUCGGCAUCAACGACCUUCCCCAGUCCUGCGCCUACUUCUCAGCUGUCGAUAUCGACCACGUUCUUCGCAAAGAAGUGGACAUGGAUUGUGUGACUCCAUCUCAUCAACAGAAAAUCCCCCACGGCGAAACCCUGGAUAUCGUUCAACUUCUGAACAAAAACCAGGACGCCUUCCUCGAUCCUUCUACCACUCCACUCUCGCCGCCGUCUCCUCAGAAAUAUCCUUACACACCGCGACCCUCCGUCAUGUCAUCCCUGCAAACUUCGGACGAUCCCUUAUUUAUCAAGGCUCAAAUCACCAAGGACGACAAGGAGUUCCGAGACAUCGUCAAGGAAGUUUCCAAAGCCAAACUCGCUGCUAAACAAGCCAGCGCCACAUCCGCUGCGGCCUCCAGGGGCGGUCGCACCAAAUCAUUCACUACCCCCUCCGCUGAACCACAAAAGGCUGUACUCGUUGACAUCGGCUCCGGUCUCUACCAUGACUUCCGCGCCGUCCCCGAAGGGAGCAGGUCUCCUCACUCCGUUGGUCUCAAUCGCCAACAUUGGAAGCCGUCUGCCAGGGCUUGAAAUUCUUACUUGAUGAGAUCGGCUUUCUUCCUGUCCUUUUUUCUUUUCCAUUCACAACUUCCUCUUUGUCAUCUUGGAUUAUUUAACUUGUAUAUAUAGGCAGUGACGUGGACUUCCUACAUCCAGUCACUCGAUACUCUUUUCAUCGUCCUGUAUUAUCUAAUAGCGGUUUGUUGCAAGCAUUGGGAUGGCGUCGUGCGAGCAGUUGCGGGGACUUGAUCUGUCUUUUUAUCUACUUGCUGUGUAUGUUCAAGUACGACUAACUUUGCCUGUACGAGUGGCAUGUUUCAGUAUGAUGUUAAAAUAAAUAUGAG